AACACGCUUUUGCCUCUAUUCAUUCUCACAAACAAAAACUCUGUUAAUUAGUUUGACACCCUUCAGCCUCUUAUUCGGACCCAAGGAAUCGAAACCACACGCCAAAUUUCAAUCAUACCCCUACCAUAUUCCCUAAUUUACAAGCCUUUCUGUGUUGGCAGGGAAUCAUGUACAGCAACAUGCUGGUCAACUGCUCCAACUGCCGCACCCCUUUACAGCUGCCACCUGGCGCAGGAUCCAUCCGCUGCGCCCUCUGCCACGCUGUCACUCUCAUCGCCGACCCACGCGCCGUCUCUUCUCAGCCCCCGGCUUCCUACCACCCGCAUCCGCCACCAUCCCCCUACAACCACGCGCCGCCCGGACCCCCGCCCAACCCCCACGGCCGCAAGAAGGCCGUCAUCAUAGGCAUCUCGUACCGGUUCUCGAGGCACGAGCUCAAGGGAUGCAUCAACGACGCUAAGUGCAUGAAAUACCUUCUCAUCAACAAGUUCAGUUUUCCAGAAUCUUCCAUCAUUAUGCUCACCGAAGAAGAAGAUCCCCAUGGCCCUAAAUUUCCAUCCAAGCACAACAUUAGGAUGGCAAUGUAUUGGCUUGCACAAGGAUCUCAACCUGGAGACUCUCUGGUUUUCCAUUAUUCUGGUCAUGGUUCACAGCAAAGGAACUAUAGUGGUGAUGAAGCUGAUGGAUAUGAUGAAACUCUAUGUCCCCUGGAUUUUGAAACGCAGGGUAUGAUUGUAGAUGAUGAGAUCAAUGCAGCCCUUGUUAGACCCAUUCCUCGCGGAGCUAAGCUACAUGCACUAAUUGAUGCCUGCCACAGUGGCACUGUUCUAGAUUUGCCUUUUCUUUGCAGAAUGAAGAGGAAUGGACAAUAUGCAUGGGAGGACCAUCGUCCUAGGUCUGGUGUAUGGAAAGGAUCUAAUGGUGGGGAAGUUAUUUGCUUCAGUGGAUGCGAUGAUGAUCAAACUUCCGCUGAUACAUCUGCUCUAUCAAAGAUUACAUCGACUGGGGCAAUGACAUUUUGCUUCAUCCAAGCAAUAGAGCGAGGUCAUGGGGCUACCUAUGGCAGCAUUCUCACUGCAAUGCGCACUGCCAUCAGAGAUGCUGGCAGUGGCGGUGGGGGUGGAGAUAUGGUGACAUCUCUUCUCACAAUGCUUGUGACCGGAGGUAGUCUAAGUGCUGGUGGACUGAGACAGGAACCUCAGUUAACGGCUUGCGAAUCAUUUGAUGUUUAUAGAAAACCUUUUUCCUUGUGAUACUCAAUAUUCUUUGUUCUGCUAUUUGUUUUCUUUGGCAUUGCCCCUGUAUACGACAUUGAUCACAAUGAUAAAUUCAUGUAUUAUAAAGUAGAUAGGAUCCUUUUUUGGAAGUUACUGAGGAUAUGUUUGGAUGAUUUAUGUUACCCUUGAGAAUUUUAUAUGCUCUAAUAAUAACGACUCGGUUGCUGCUGCACUCAUUG